AUGGCAUAAAGAAUACGGCCAAAACAAUUAAAAUAGAGGAAAAUGGAUGCUAAUUUGGAAUGGGGAAGCAAUUUUAGAUGGUGGAUAUAAUAAAUCUUAGGAAAGACAGUAUACUAUAAGACUGGAUUAAAUAUGGCAACCUAUUAAGAAUUACAUGAGGUAAACAUGGAUUAAGAAUUGAAAAAUAGCAUAGCCCCAGCCUGUGAAAUUGGGGAAUACUUAAUUAUUAAAAAAUAGGAACUAUUGGUAAUUUAGUUUAGUGGAGGUGGCUCAUAAAAUGAAUAAGACUAGAAAAGUUGGAAGUAGAUUGAGUUGGGCGGUGGAUUUUUGGAUGAAUCCACAAUAAUUUAUAAUGGAGAAUAUGAAAAUGGAAAAAUAGUUGGGAGAUGGGACAUAGAGUUUAGAAGCAAUGACUCAUUUUUUAUUAUGGAAAAUUUUUUAUUACAUUGCAACCCAGUGACAGUGGCGGUGGAUCUUAUGAUAAAACAAGUGAUGAACUUAAGGUAGGUAAUUGGGUGA